GUCGGCCCAAAUUAGCAAGCCCGAGAUGGCAAGUCCAAAAGAGUAUUAUAAUAGGCUGCGCCAAGUCCUUUAGGGUUUUCUACUAUUAGUACAGACUUUGCUAAUAUAACUCUCCAACUCUGAAGAGCUUCAGCGCCGUCUGCGAGAGAGAGAGAGAGAGAGACAGAACGUGAGAGAGAAAACCCUAAGCAAAGGCAGCCAUGUCGCUCGUUGCUAAUGAGGAGUUUCAGCACAUUCUUCGUGUCCUCAACACCAAUGUUGAUGGCAAGCAGAGGAUCAUGUUCGCCUUGACCUCCAUCAAGGGUAUCGGGCGCCGCUUCGCCAACAUCGUCUGCAAGAAGGCCGAUGUCGACAUGAACAAGAGGGCCGGGGAGCUUUCUGCGGAUGAGAUCGAUAAGCUGAUGACAAUUGUUGCUAACCCUCGCCAGUUCAAGAUCCCAGACUGGUUCCUCAACAGGCAGAAGGACUACAAAGAUGGGAAGCACUCCCAGGUUGUCUCCAAUGCACUGGACAUGAAGUUGAGGGAUGAUCUUGAGAGGCUUAAGAAGAUCAGAAACCACCGCGGGCUGCGUCACUAUUGGGGCUUGAGAGUCCGUGGACAGCACACCAAGACCACUGGUCGUAGGGGAAAAACUGUUGGUGUGUCCAAGAAGCGAUAAGCUGCUCCCAAUUUUCUGUGUUUGAUCCGAUGUUCUGAUGUUUUUGUUGUUUUGAGACCAAGUAGGGUUAUCUAUAUGGUUUGAGUAUUCAGAGUAUUGAUACAUGUUUCUGUGGUCUGUUGAAUGAAUUCUAGAGGACUAGUUUCGUUGAAGUUAGUAUCCAUGUUUUUCUAUGAAUGUGAAACCGCCACAAUACUUUGCUUCUGUGUUAUCUCAAUUUUAUCGUAAGGUUGUUGUGUUCUUUCUUGUCACUUCGAUCUGACAUUUCCAAACACAGAAUUGUGGCUCAUUUAUGAUUCGACUUAUGUUUAGAGAAGGUUCUCAGGUUGCUUUCUGUGUUUUCCUGUGCUGAUCUUUCAUAAUCAUAGGGUUGAAUCAGGAUGCUGCAACCCAAUAGAGGAAUUGUUAUUGAUGCCUUUUUUUUUUUAUAGAAAAGGUAGACGGUCUCGUUCACAUUAAAAUAACGAUCAUGGAAAGUCCCCAAAACGUCAUGGCUGAGCCAUUUAACAAGGUCUCUAUCGCACACAUUGAAGCGAUGUGUGCCAAAAUUGAAAUCGUAAGUCUUGCUGGCCAAGUAAUCGUGAUAUUCGGCUUUAAUAUAUCGGAUUCUUGAACUUUAUGUGACUAUCCUAUGAUCUGUUUAAGCCGAUUGGUGCUAUUUUAAGGCUCGCUAACCCGAGAAUGGUUGAAAAACCAUUACUGCCUAGUGCCAUGAGUUUGAUAUGAUACAGGUGGAGAAAGCACGAAAAAGGAGCUAGUGCACAAGUAAUAAAUCGGGCUCGAAUUACAGGUGGACUACUCACUUGGGCUUAAGGCCCAGAGGAAUUGGACUUGGCUAGAGGAGGAGAUUAGGGGCCGGAAUAUUAAAAACAAAGAGGGAAGGAUCUGGACAAAGGUUUUUUGGAGUGGACGUGGAAAAUUCUUGGACUGGUGAAUUUUGGGCGGAUUGGGCUUUUGUGAAGUGGACACGAAAUUGCUGGGCGGAAACAAGAAUUGCAAAAGGGGAAUUGGAAUUAAGGAAGAGACGGAGGAAGUGAAAAUUCUCUGGAAGGGGGGAAUUAUUGUGUAGAAUUGAGAGGGCGGCACUUUUAUUUGUUGAGGAGCGGAUUCCUUUUGGGAAAAGGAGACGAAAAUUCUUGGAACAAAUAGAAAGCAGGCAGCAGCUGGAGGGUUUUUGGGAGGCGGUGAUUUAAUUGGAGGGCGAGAAUUCUCUGGAGGAAGAAAAAGGGCGCAGCGCAGUAAGAGCAAAGGCGAGCAGGCGAAUUUCGAUCAAUUUUUCUAAGGCUACCUGAGCUGAGUUCAACCAGAGCAAUUAGUUGGUUGGAUUUUCUAAACCGAACUAGUUGUUUAUUGUUAAUUUAGAACAUGAUGAACAAAACCCUAUCGAUUUAUCUCAAUUUCAUCAUGAACUAAACCCCAAUUUCUGGGGGAAACACCAUAGGAUGUAGCUAUUUCUUGAUUUGAUGGAUUGAUUUAUGAUUCUUUUCUUCCAAUCUCUAUUGCAUGGAAUUGCUUAAUGCUUUGUGUUGACUGGCCACCAAUACAACGAUUUGUAGUUAAUUAGGUUAUUAGCGACAGUGAAAUCCUAUUAACUGAACAUAUUUCAUGUGACAUAGUAACUUAUCGAAGCGACAGUGGAUUAAAUAAGGUGCUAUGCGGUCU